AUGACACCUGCUAUGUUUGCAUUCUAUCUCACAUGUGUGUUCUUGGGGAAAAUGGCGAAGACAACUGAACUGAAAGUGUCCUCAUCUGUGCGCCAAACAAGUGGUUUUGUAUCAGUUUAUGUUGGUGAUGAGGUUACUUUGCCAUGUUUCUAUGAAGGUGAUGCAGCUAGGCUUUACUGGUAUAAACAAACUCUGGGACAGAAACCAAGGCUCAUCUCCACCUUUUAUAAGUAUGAAAAAAAUGGAACUUUUCAUGAUGAAUUCAAGAACAAUCCACGCUUCACACUGGAUACUCAAACCGGUCAAAAUCACUUAAAGAUCUCAAAUUUACGUGUAUCAGACUCCGCUACUUACUACUGUGCAAGUAGCUAUACAUUUAUUUUUGAGUUUGCAGAGGGCACUGCUGUCAGUGUAAAGGCUUCAGGUUUGAAAGUCCCAGCUUCGGUCCAUCAGUCAGCAUCUGAGCCCCUCCAGCCAGGAGGCUCUGUGACUCUGAACUGUACAGUACACACUGGGACCUGUGAUGGAGAACACAGUGUUUACUGGUUCAAAAACUCUGAUGAAUCUCAUCCAGGACUCAUUUACACCCAUGGAGGCAGGAACGAUCAGUGUGAGAGGAAAUCCAACACACAAACACACACCUGUGUCUACAACUUGCCAUUGAAGAGUCUGAAUCUUUCUCAUGCUGGGACCUACUACUGUGCUGUGUCCUCAUGUGGACAAAUACUGUUUGGAAACGGGACCAAGAAGGAAUUUGAAGAUGCAGUGGGCUCUCUUAUCUUGGUGUAUAUGUUGAGCGGAGCUUUGGCAGUCACCACCUUCCUGGUUGUUUUACUGGUUUUCUCAAUUUGCAAGAUAAAUAAGAGCAACAGCUGCGGAUCUACAGAGCCUCAAGCAAGAUUUUUCACAAAUGAAGAGGCUUACCAAGAUGAACUCCAUUAUGCUGCUUUAAGAGAAAAUUACACCAAAGGAUCAAGAAGACAGAGGAACAAUGUUAAGAAUGAAUGCGUGUACUCCAGCAUAAAGCAGUAGAACUGGACGCUGGAUGUUUCAUUUGUACUUUGUGAGCAAGGUGAACAUUUCUUAGUGUCUCUUUCAAGGUAUAAUGUUGACUUUGACAAUUACAUUUUCAUACCUUCUUUUUGGUCUGAAGUCCUCACAUUUGAUCAUAUGUGUAGGAAACCCUGCUGUUAUUGAUGUGUCUAUGUAGUUUCAAACAGGAUGUCUCCUCAGUAUUAUAUAUUUUCUUUUAAAGAAACCAAGCAACCCACAUCGCAUUAUUUUUAGCAGAAAAGAUUUGUUGUUUUUUGCAAUGAAACCAGUAUAUUUAGAAUGUCAAGUUCACUGAUGCUGCACAUC